UCCUCAGCGAGACAUCAGGGGCCCAGGCAGGAGGGAGAGAAGCAACUCCAGACCCUCCCUGAAAAUAACCCUCAGAAGCCACAUCCCCAGAGACACAGCCCGCACACUCUCGCCCUCCCACACGCACUGCCCAGGGCUGCACCAUCUCCCUCGGAAAAGGACACCAUGAGCACCGAGAGCAUGAUCCGGGACGUGGAGCUGGCCGAAGAGGAGCUUCCCAAGAAGGCAGGGGGGCCCCAGGGCUCCAGGCGCUGCUUGUGCCUCAGCUUGUUCUCCUUCCUGCUCGUGGCAGGAGCUACCAUGCUCUUCUGCCUCCUGCACUUCGGGGUGAUCGGCCCCCAGAGGGAAGAGCUCCCCAGUGUCUUCCAUCUAAUCAAUGCCAAUCCUCUGGCCCAGACACUCAGAUCAUCCUCCCGAACCCCAAGUGACAAGCCUGUAGCCCAUGUUGUAGCAAACCCCCAAGCUGAAGGGCAGCUGCAGUGGCUAAGCCAGCGUGCCAAUGCCCUCCUGGCCAAUGGCGUGAAACUGACAGACAACCAGCUGGUGGUUCCAUCAGACGGGCUGUACCUCAUCUACUCCCAGGUCCUCUUUAAGGGCCAAGGCUGCCCUUCCACCCAUGUGCUCCUCACACACACCAUCCGCCGCUUUGCUGUCUCCUACCAGGACAAGGUCAACCUCCUCUCUGCCAUCAAGAGCCCCUGCCAGAGGGAGACCCUGGAGGAGGCUGAGGCCAAGCCCUGGUAUGAGCCCAUAUACCUGGGAGGGGUCUUCCAGCUGGAGAAGGGUGAUCGACUCAGUGCUGAGAUCAAUCAACCUGACUAUCUCGACUUCGCCGAGUCUGGGCAGGUCUACUUUGGGAUUAUUGCGCUGUGAGGGAGACAGAUGUCCAUCCGUCCCUGACCCCUCACCCCAUCCAAUCUCUUUAUUAUCUGCUCCUUCAGAGUCCCUCAUCCUCUUCUGGCAUAGAAAGGUAAUUAAGGGCUCAGGGUCUGACUUCAAGCUUAGAAAUCUAGGAUGCAGGGAUGUGUGACCUGGACAAUGAAGCACUGGCCAGGCCACCACCAAGAAUUCAAACUAGGGCUUCCAGAACUCACUAGAAGCCUAAGAAUUUGACCCCAACCUUAGACAUCUGAAAUUUGGAAACCAGGGAGCCUUUUAUUCUGGCCAGAACACUUUUGAGCAUCUCUCGAGAAGACCUCACCCAGAACUUGGCAUGAGUGGACCUCAAGCCUUUCUCUCUUCAGAUAUUUCCAGACUCCUCUCUGAGACAGAGAGUCCAGCCCUCCACUUGGGACCAGCUCCCUCUAUUUAUAUUUGCACGUGUGAUUAUUUAUUAUUUAUUUAUUAUUUAUUUAUUUACUGAUGAAUGUAUUUAUUUGGGAGAUCAGAGUAUCCUAGGAGACCCAAGCAGGAGCUGCCUUGGUUCAGAAAUGUUUUCUGUGAAAACGGAGCUGAACUCUAGGUUGUUCUCACCUGACCUCCUGGCCUCCGUGCCUCCUGUUGCUUAUGUUUUAAAAACAUGUUUAUCUGAUCAAGUUAUCUAAAUACUGCUGAUUUGGUGACCAACUGUCACUACAUCAUUGAGCCUCUACUCCCCAGGGGAGUCAUGUCUGUAAUCGUCCUACUGGUCAGUGGCGAGAAAUAAAAGUUUGCUUAGAAAAGAAA